AUGAGCAAAGCACCUACUCAAGAACAACUCGAUGAAUGGAAGGAGGCCUUUUCUUUAUACGAUAAGAAGGGUAACAGCACCGUCUCUUCUGUCAACCUUGGCGAUCUCUUGAGAGGCCUUGGUCAAAACCCCACUCAGGCUGAGGUUGCUGAACUCGUCAAGGAUACUGCCAGAUCCAAGAACGUGCCCGAAACCCAAGAAUUUGAUAUUGAUUUCGGUACAUUUUUGUCUAUCCUCACGCGACCUGAUGGUUUCAAGCCUGCUGGCUCGUCUCAAGAAUUCAUUCAAGGCUUCCAAGUCUUUGAUAAGGAAGGUGAUGGUUACAUUUCUGCUGGUGAAUUACGUUAUGUUUUGACCAACCUUGGUGAGAAAUUGGAUGAAAGCGAAGUUGAUGAACUUUUGAAGGAUGUUGAAGUUGGCAAAGACGGUCGUAUCAACUAUGUUGACUUUGUCACUAUCGUUUUGUCAAACUAA